CCUCCCUCUCUCCCAGUCUCUCCCUCUACCCGCCGCGGGUCCAGGUCGGAGGAACAGCGGCAGAGUGGAAGCGAUGAUGCGGGCGGUCGCGUCCGUGGGAGUCGGUGCGCUGUGGGCGCUGAUCGCCGCUGUGGUGCGCGGCGGCGCGGCGGAGCUGGCGACGCGCGUGCAGGAGCAGGUCAAGCCGGAGUCCUCGCUGCUGAAGCCGAAGGUUAUGAUCGCCAUUGUGGCUCGCAAUGCGGCGCACAGCCUGCCACACUACCUGGGCUGCAUCGAGAGGCUGGAGUACCCGAAGGAGCGCAUAGCGAUCUGGGCAGCGACGGACCAUAACACAGACAACACCACUGCCAUGUUGAGAGAGUGGCUGAAGAGGGCCCAGGGCGUGUACCACUACGUGGAGUGGAGGCCCAUGGAGGACCCGAAGUCCUACGUGGAUGAGUGGGGUCCGAAGCACUGGCCCCCCUCCAGGUUCAGCCACGUGAUGAAGCUGAGGCAGGCAGCGCUGAGGGCUGCCAGGGAGCGAUGGGCCGACUACAUACUGUACGUGGACAGCGACAACCUGCUGACAAACCCCCGUGUGCUGAACCUGAUGAUGGCCGAGAACCUGACGCUGGUGGCUCCCAUGCUGGAGUCUCGCUCGCUCUACUCCAACUUCUGGUGCGGCAUCACCCCCCAGGGCUACUAUAAGCGCAUCCCCGACUACCAGCCCAUCAGGGAGUGGAAGCGCCUCGGCUGCUUCCCCGUUCCCAUGGUGCACAGCACCUUCCUGCUGGACCUGCGCCGCCAAUCCAGCAAGGACGUGGCUUUCCACCCGCCCCACCCGGACUACAGCUGGGCGUUUGACGACAUCAUGGUGUUUGCGUUCUCUGCGCGUCAGGCAGGCGUGCAGAUGUACGUGUGUAACAGAGAACACUACGGUUUCCUGCCUGUCCCUCUCAAACCCCAGCAGAGUGUGGAAGAUGAGAGCGAGAGCUUCACACACACCAUCACUGAGGCUUUGAUUGACCAUGAUAUUGAACCCUCCGAGUACCUGUACUCUCCACCAGCAGCACAGGACACAGUGGGCUUUGAUGAGAUUUUCCUGAUCAACCUGAAGCGGCGGCUGGACCGAAGGACCCGGAUGCUGAAAACAAUGAUCACGCUGGGUCUUCGUGCCUCAUUAAUAGAUGCAGUGGACGGCAAGGCUCUGAACACGUCCCAGCUGCAGGCGCUGGGAAUAGAGAUGAUGCCGGGCUACAAGGACCCCUACUCUGGGCGGGUGCUGACCCGAGGGGAGAUCGGCUGCUUCCUCAGCCAUCACUCUAUAUGGACGCAGGUGAUCGAACGCGGCCUCCACAAAGUCCUUGUUUUAGAGGACGACGUGAGGUUCGAGCCCAGGUUCAAGCGGCGGCUGCAGGCAGUAAUGGACGACAUCAGCGAAGCCCAGCUGGACUGGGACCUCAUCUACGUGGGCCGUAAGCGCAUGCAGGUGCAGCAGCCGGAGCGCUCGGUGGACGGCGUGCACAACCUGGUGGAGGCCGACUACUCCUACUGGACGCUGGGCUACGCGCUGUCGCAGCGCGGCGCCGCGAAGCUGCUGGCGGCGCAGCCGUUGGCCAGGAUGCUGCCGGUGGACGAGUUCCUGCCGGUGAUGUUCGACAAGCACCCCAACACUCAGUACAUGUCUCACUUUAACCCUCGGGACCUGAAGGCCUUCUCCGUGGAGCCCCUGCUCAUCUAUCCCACCCAUUACACUGGAGAGCCAGGCUACAUCAGUGACACAGAGACCUCCACCAUCUGGGACGACGAGGCCGUCGCCACGGACUGGGACCGGCAGCACGCCCGCAAGACGGCCCAGCAGGGCAGCAUCCGCCCCGUGGCCCAGAACAGCGUGACUGGAGACUCGCCGCCUCCCGCCGCUCGCGUGUCGCGGGACGAACUCUGAUGAGCACACGCUCAGAGGGAAAGACUUUUCAUGAAUAUGCUGAGCGGAUGUCACCUGUAUCUGAGCAAACACAUGUGGACGCACACGUGGACAAUCUGCUGCCUGAUGGGAGCGCACAGAGAAGAGGAGGAGGAGGAGCAGAACAGAACUUUAAAUAAAGCUUUAUUUAUUCCCUGUGCGCCUCCUGCGAGCGUGGGAGACAGACCCAGAAAGCGUAAGCCACACAUGGAGGACGGCUAGCAUCAUCGCAGGACCUCAACAAAAAGGCUCUCACAAAUCACUUUCAGACGUGUGUUUUUAAUGGACCUCAGAGGAAUAAAAAACAGCUCUUUUAAAAUAAAGUCAGUGUCUGAAAUGAGAUGUCUGUUUGCGUGUCUGCGUGGCAGAACCAGUGUGUGUGGACACACACACACACACACACACACACACACACACACACACACACACACACACACACACACACACACACACACACACACACAGCAGGCCGGUCCUGCUAGGUAGCAACUCAAAGCAGCAGCUAUACAUUAUAUACACUUUGUAGGAUGUUAAAUAUUCUGUCUCAUUUGGAUAAACUGGAUUAUUGAUUGUCUAAUGUCCUUUAAUGGAGCUGUUCUUCGUCUUCUAGUGGUGGUGCUGGGUUCAUCCAAUAAAACUACUUCUCUA